CUUAUCGACAUCUUUUGCCAAUACCCCUACAUCUACAUCUACACACAAUGGCCGCAUCUCUAGCCGCAUCAGUCGACUCCCUGCAGUCCUCCCUCAACAUCCUUGACUCCUCCAUCGACACUCUCGACGCCGGUAUCAGCGACUUCCCCCGCCUCUCCAAAGUCCUACAAACCACCCGACACUUUGAACUUCUCCCCGAACCAACCCUCCGCGAAGCCCAGCAGUCCCUCCUCGAUGAAAUCACCCCCAGCAUCGCCCACCUGCUCUCCCUAGCGUCGAACCACGUCGAGAAGCUCUCCCGUCGCGAACAGGGCCUGCGCGCAAAAUGCGAGCUGCAGGAAGGAAGACUCUACUCGGGUGAGAGCCGUCAACCGCCCAGCCGUCCGCAGAGAAGCAGCGCAUUUGGCGAUCGGUCGAAGGCUGCCUCCGCGGCGAAAGCGGCUGAGUAUAGGCGCUUGGUUCAGAAGAAAGAGCGGCUUCAGUAUGCGGUCGAGAGGUUGGAGCUGCAGGGUAAACAGCGGGAGAGGCAGUUGAGGAAGAGUAUGGCUAUUCAGUAGGGCGGUGUCUCUACCUGACAAAGCAGAGCUCUGCACUCUGUCUGUCGUGGACAAAGACGCAAAAUUUAAGAGGGGCAUACUAGAGGAAUAUGCAAGCCUCACCCGAUCCUCGCCGAUCUGAACAAAGGGGGCAAAGUCUCACAUUGGCCAUCCUUGCUUGCUUCAGAGGUUAUUGCGCGGAAAGGCUCAGAUUGUAGUCUUCCAGAAGACGGCCUUUUUGGUCAGCAAGAGGGAAAAGGUCUUACUGCAGCAUGCCUACAGCGGUACUUUAUACCCGAAUUCUCCUAUUUCAAAGGAUGAUAUCAAAGCAUGAUGCUCAGGGCCUCGAGCAAGGCUCGUCCAUCGGCUUUGAAGCGUCCAAUCGGCUGUUUGACAGCUUUCAAUGUACAUAGAAUCAUUAACGACGAAGAGAUGAGAAAUGGAUAUGCUAAACCUGAG